AUGGCUCCCGGGGCGGCGCGGCGGGCCCGACGCAGGGUCCGGGGCGCGCUGCCGGCCGGGGCGCGGGCUCGCUCGGCCGAGGACUGGUGGUGGGACCAGCUGGCGCCGAGCGGCUCCGGGUACCACCUGCUGCAGUCGGACAGCAUGCUGCUGGUGCUGCCGGGCCCGGGGCCUGCCCGCACUCGCGUGCAGAGGCGUGCCGCCCGCCGCACUCAGCGGCUGCUGCCCCCCGCGUCCCGCGCCUCGGCCGCCAAGGCCAGGCCUAGAGCUGCGCCCGCUCCGGAGCCGCAGCAGGGGCCCGACCCGGGCUGGGGCGACCGCAUCCCCCUGGAAAUCCUGGUGCAGAUUUUCGGGCUGCUGGUGGCGGCCGAUGGGCCCAUGCCUUUCCUCGGCAGGGCUGCACGCGUGUGCCGCCGCUGGCACGAGGCCUCCUCCCAGCCCGCGCUCUGGCACACCGUGACCCUGUCGCCCCCGCUGGCUGGCCGCCUCGCCAAGAGCGGAGCCAAGGCCGAGAAGAAGGUUCUCGCCUCUCUGGAGUGGCUUAUGCCCAAUCGGUUCUCCCAGCUCCAGAGGCUGACCCUCAUCCACUGGAAGUCCCAGGUACACCCCGUGUUGAAGCUGGUCAGCGAGUCCUGUCCUCGACUCACCUUCCUCAAGCUUUCUGAUUGCCAUGGUGUGACCCCUGACACUCUGGUCAUGCUAGCCAAAGCCUGCCCCCAGCUCCACAGCCUGGAUAUACAGCACUCCAUGGUGGAGUCCACAGCCGUGGUGAACUUCUUGGAGGAGGCAGGGCCCCGAAUGCGCAAACUGUGGCUGACCUACAGCUCCCAGACAACAGCCAUUUUGGGUGCGCUGCUGGGCAGUUGUUGCCCCCAGCUCCAGGUCCUGGAGGUGAGCACCGGCAUCAAUCGCAACAGCACUCCUCUCCAGCUGCCUGUUGAGGCUCUGCAGAAGGGCUGCCCCCAGCUGCAGGUGCUGCGGCUGCUGAACCUGAUGUGGCUGCCCAAGCCUCCCGGGCGAGUGGUGACUCCUGGCCCAGGCUUCCCCAGCCUUGAGGAGCUCUGCCUUGCUGGCUGCACCUGCAACUUUGUCAGCAAUGAGGCCCUGGGCCGCCUGCUCCACGGCUCCCCUCAUCUGCGCCUGCUGGAUCUUCGUGGCUGUGCCCGCAUCACACCUGCUGGCCUGCAUGAUCUGCCGUGUCAGGAGCUAGAGCAGCUUCACUUGGGUCUUUAUGGCACGUCCGACCGGCUGACUCUAGCCAAAGAGGGCAGCCACCUGUUGACCCAGAAGUGGUGCCACACUCUGCGGGAGCUGGACUUGAGUGGCCAGGGCUUCAGCGAGAAGGACUUGGAGCAGGCCUUAGCUACCUUCUCAGCCACCCCUGGGGGCUCACCCCCAGCCUUGUGCUCUGUCAACCUCAGGGGCACCCGGGUCACACCAAGCACGGUCAGGUCAGCAUCCCCUUCCCCAGUCCCUUGGAGUCGGUACGGCUUGCCUCCCCGACAAGCCUGGCUUGCAGGCUUCGGGUGUCCAAAAGGGGAGCACGUAUUGGCCAAGCCCCUGCUUAGGAUGGCCCUUAGGGACACCACGGGUACUGGGCUUGGGCCUCGGUGGCUGUGGGUGGCAGAGCCAGCCGUGGCACCUGGGCAGAGAGGGCUCCUUACACUGGCCUAGCCCUGCCAGGGCCGGGGUCUUCUGGGAGCCAGGGGCUCGAGUCCCCAUGGCCUGCCCUGCCCCUACAGCUCUGUGAUCAGCAGCUGCACAGGCCUGCUCUACCUCAACCUGGAGUCCUGCCGCUGCCUUCCUCGGGGCCUGAAGCGGGCCUACCGAGGCCAGGAGGAAGUCCAGUGGUGCCUGGAGCAGCUGCUCACCAGCCUGCCCUCCUCCAGCUAGGCAGUCCCAGACCCCUGACCCUCAGGUAGCCAGCGGCGCCCUCCACCCUUUUCGCAUUUUGGAUGUUUGAGCAUUUUGUUACAAUAAAACAUUUUUAGGAA